AUGGCGAGAGAUACUUCAGUGAUUUUCAUUGGUAAUGACGAUUACUCUAGUAAUCGUAAAAAUAAAUAUUUAAAAUUAUUUUGGGUAAAUCCAAGAGAGUUACCGUAUCGAAUUUUAGGAUCGUUUGUCCCACCGAUAGCAGGAAGUAAAUAUUGUAAAAUUUAUGUUGAUCUCUUAGGUCCAUCAUUAGCAUUAUUAUUUAUGGCUGCAAUAUUACAUUAUGGCCAUUCAUCGAAAGUUUCGUACGCAGCUUCUCAAGUAUCGCCUACUGAAACUUUAUUAAUUUAUUCAAUUGUAAUGCCUAUAUUAUGUUAUGCAGUUAGCCGAAUCGGUAAAUCGAAAAAUACAUUUUUAGAAACAGUCUCGUUAAUUGGUUACAGUUUAUUUGGACAUGUUCUAACAUUGAGUGUUUCGUUGCUGUUGUAUCAAGAGAAAAGUAAUGUGUUUUUCUUUGUUUGUUUUUUGAUAUUUGGUGGAUUGAGUGCACUUCGAAUUGCUUUGGUAUUUCUUAUGUCGAUACCACUUCCUGCUGCACGAUUGAUUGUUUGCAGUUUAAUUGCUACAUUACACUUACUAUUUCUCAUAUUUAUACAUUUUACGUAUAUGCAUAAAACGUUUAUAUAUGGAAUAGCUGGAAAUUCUGUUGCAAAACAUAAACAUCUUUAGUUUCAAAACGUAAAGUUCCGUUUAUCUGGAACUGUUAAAACAUUUAAAUGGCCAUCCUGUAUAAAGAAUUUAAAUCAUGACGUUAAUAUUGCGCUAACUUGUAGUUGUUAAGGCAGUAUAAAUUUUUGAUAAUUAUUAUAAAUAGAAAUGAAGUUUUCACUCCGGAAUGUUAUAUUACUAAGUGUUAACUAACUGCAUAAUGCAUUUUCAGCAGGCGAUCCAUUUUGUACGUACACCCUAUAUAAAAUUUCCGGUAUACCAAAUUUUCAUGUAUUCAUUUUGAGGCUUUUAUUUAUAUUGAAAUAAAUAGUAUUGAGUGAAUUGAGUGAAUUAUUCGACAGA